AGGGGAAGGAGUGGACGUGUGGAGCUGUUGAGGACAGUUAACUGUAGUUUUGACUUGGUUUUAGAAAGGACUUCCUUACUAUGCGUUCAUUUAGAGAGUAAAUACGUAUUUUUUAAGGGGAGGCUUUUUUUUAUAUCCGUGAGGUAUUAGUGAACGGAAGGAGUUUUCAUUUAAAACGCAAUGAUGGCGGAAGACGCGGCGAAGGCGGACGCCUGUAAAGAAUAUCAGUCGUCGCUAGAAGACCUGACUUUCAACAGCAAACCGCACAUCAACAACCUCACCAUCUUGGCCGAAGAGAACCUGAAGUACUCGCCGGAAAUCGUCAAGUUAAUCGAAGCACAAAUAUUCAAGGCACCAGUUUCAGAGAAACUUCCAGUAAUGUAUCUCAUGGAUUCCAUUGUGAAGAAUGUUGGAGGAAGCUAUAUCACACUCUUUGCUCAAAACUUAGGUGUUACAUUUUCUAGUGUAUUUGAAAAGGUGGAUGAGAGCACUAGAAAAAGUUUGUUUAAAUUGCGUUCCACGUGGGAUGAUAUGUUUCAACUGACGAAACUUUAUGCCUUAGACGUCAAAGUCAACAAAAUAGAUCCUGCAUGGCCUAUUAAGCCUUUACCACCAAAUGUGAACAGUUCAAGUAUUCAUGUAAAUCCCAAGUUUUUAAAUAGAUCGCUUGAAGAACCCAGCACCUCAAGUUCCACAGUUGCUCCUGUUAGCUCAGCCAAACAAAACAUAGCUGAGUCACAGAAAAACAUAACACAGGAGCAAGAGCAGUUUAUAAGACAGCAACUAUUAGCAAAACAAAAGCAGUUACUUGAGUUGCAACAGAAGAAGUUGGAACUGGAAUUAGAACAGACAAAGGCACAACUGAUUGCUUCACUUGCUUCCCAACACCCCAUUCCUGAUUCAAUGGUAAACCUUGGACAUUCAAAACAACAUGUACCAAUUACAAAAGUUUCUCCCAUGCUUGCACCGGGGUCAGCAAAGCCAACUCCAGCUGCAGUCAGACCUUUGCAACAAGAAUUGGCUCAACCAGAAAGAUCUCAGGCAGCACAUGUCAGUGAUACCAAAGCAUCAAAUAGAGAUCCUCGCAUAAAUAGGCCCAGUCACCAGACAAGAGAUCCUGCUAAGAAGGAAGGGCCAACGCAAACACUGAAAUGUGAAAAGAAUGUAAGCAAAAAAAAUAGCCCAGCUAGAGUAUCCUCUGAGAAGUCAGGAAAUCAGGCCAGUGUAUCAAAACCAGACAAAGAUAAGGUCAAUGACAGAUCGGCCAGAAGGGAGUCCAAAGUGUCAGAAGGAAAAUCUAAAGUGGUUUCGCCAGUGAAAAAUAAGUUGCCUGUUAAAAAUACUAGAAAAAUGGACACUGAUAAGGUAAAAGUAGAAGCUGCAAAGAGAGAUCCAAGAUUGCGAAAGUCUUCUCAAGAUAAGACUGAUGGCAAAGUAGAAUCCAAAGAAAGGAGGGAAAGUACUGAGAAAAAGGUGGAGGAAGAUCAAAAUAAAGGAACUGAACGUAAGCCUUCAGUAAACAGAAACAGACCAAUCAAUGGCAUUCUGGGAAAUGAAAAGGAUGGCAAAGAGAUUGAAAGAGAUAGUAAAUCUGGAGGAUUUAAUUUUAGAUCACAUCCAAGAUCAUCAAGAUCACGGUCCCCAAGAUCACGGUCACCUAUAUCACGUUCAACAAGACAGAGAAGUAGGUUGUCACCCAAAAGGAGACGUAUAAGUGUUUCACCACUUUCCAAAGUGCAAGACAAAGAAAAACUGGCAAAAAGGCCCUUGUCUGAUGAGUAUAAACAAGGCAGUAACUGGGAACAUCGAGAUCUUAGAAAGAAAGCUAAUGCCAAACCAGAAGCAAGAGAUUCACGGAAGCCCAAGAGGACACGAGAUGAGAGGGGUCAGGAAUCACAAGCUGUACGUCCUGAAAACAGAAAUUCCCCCAGACACUCCCCUGAACCAAAGGAAAAUGUUGAAAACUGGCAUGACCCUCCAUCUGCCAAAAGGUGGAAAUCUGGGUGGGAGGAAGCUAAAAGCUUGAAGCAAAAACAGGAUACUCAAGUACAUACAAAAUAUCCACAUCAGAAGGAAGUUUAUCCUGGAAGUAAAGGAAUUCUGUCUCCUCGAACACCACGCCAGCAAAGAAUGAGUGUUGAUGCAAAUUUACAAAUCCCCAAAGAAUUGACAAAUGCUAGCAAGAGAGAUUUACUGAAAAAAGCAAAUCAACGACUAGCAGCUGCAGAGAUAAGUUAUGAUGAGUUUCUUGUUGUUGCUCAUCAAAUCAAUCAAUUGUUCCAGUACCAAGAGGAAAAGAAUAGGUCUGGUGAUUGGCAAGCAUCCCACGUUUCUCCAAGGGGUUUUAAAGCUGAUCUUAAGGGAGAUUCUCCAGCUAGAACUCAAGGUAAAGGUGGAUCUUUAUCUGAAGCAGAACUGAGCUAUUUUGAGCAUAUGUCUAAAUUAAAACGAACCAGGGUUCAAUCAGAACAAUUGCAUGAUGCAGAACCUCGUUGGAAAAUGAGAGAGAGCCGUAAGGAUGUAUCUAGUGAUCUUUCUCUUGAUGUAAGAGAAGAUGCCGAUCAAGGAAGCAAGUCCCCAAAUGUGAACAGCUACAGACAUGACACAAGAGGCACUUUUCAGGAAAGGAGACUUGGGGAAAAAAGAGAAGCAAAUGAGAGUAUGCAUCACACUGAAGGAAGGCAUUCAGAAAGAAGAAAACCUUGUGAUAAAACUGUGAGACAUUCUCCUAUUGGUGAUAAUAGACAGUCACAUGACAAACAUUGUGACCGUGUGUCACCGCCACAUCAACGCAUGAGUCCUUUAGUAGACGAGCGAAACCAAAGUAACAUUCGUGACAGCAAAAAACAGGUAGAUGAUGCUUUGCCAACUAAACAAAGAAAUUCACCAAAUCCUGAAGAUCGAUACAAAACCGAUUCUAGCCAUGGAAUGAGACAGCCAGAACUGGCACGGAGCGAACAUCAUAAGGAUCAGCGGCAAGGAGCACAUCAAUCUGAAAGAGAUCUCAAAGAACUUGGUCCAAGAGAAAGACCAGAUUCCAAAAGAGAUGAGCCAAGGCAACGUGACCGUCAUUCAGAAGAGAGAUCAGCUUAUGAUGCACCAUUGAGGACUGCUGGACUAGUUGAAAAUCAACGCAUGAGAUCAAGUGUACCUGAAAUUCCACAGAGAUUUAGAGAACUAAGUGACAGAGCAGGGCCAGGAAAAUCUGUGCCUCUAAGAAAUGUGGAUAAAAUGAGAAAUGAACCCAUUGAAUCAGACAGGACAUGGGUUCGUGGAAGGGAUGGAUCUCCAAGCUGUGACAUGCACGUUACUGGAUCUAGGAUGAGGAUGCAGGAUCUCCCGGAGCAACUUGUCCAACCUGUUAAUAAUAGCCCUGACCACUCUGGUCUUUGGAUUGAGGGCAUUCCAGGGCAACCCGGCAAACAUUUUGAUGGACAGGCUGGUGCAUGUUUUGAUGGUCCCCACAGGGGGCACCCUGCUGCAUGCUUUGAAUGUCCGGGUAACCUGCGUGUAGGUCAACCCUGUGUACGCUUUGACGGUCCUGGUGGCCCACGCUCUGGGUUCCGUUUUGAAAGUACUCGUCCAAGGCAACUUGGGCCACAUUUUGAUGGCCCCCGCAUGGGACAGCCUGGACCACGUUUUGAUGGUCCUCGCCCAGGGCAGCUUGGCCCACGAUUUGAUGGCCCACACCUUGUUCAGCCUGGGGUGCGUUUUAAUGGUCCACAUGUAGUGCAGCCUGGGGUACGGUUUGAAAAUGCAGGUGGUCAGCCAGGGGUUCUCUUUGAGGGUCCACAGCCUGGUGCUCGCAUUGAAGGUUCACAUCCUGGUCAUUUUGACAAUCCAGGUCGUCAUCCAGGCCAGCCAAGCUCACGCUUUGGACUGCCUGCAGGACAGCCAGGCACACAGUUGGACAAUUCUGGAGGUCAUCUAGGGCACCCUCGUUUUGAUCCACAUCCUGGGCAGCCUGCUAUGCACUUUGAUGUCCCACAUCCAGGACAAUCAUGCAUACGCUUUGAUAACCCUGAUGGUCUUGUAGGGCAGCCACACUUGCGUUUUGAUGGUCCACAAUCUGGACCACCCCAUAUGCACUUCGAUGGUCCAGGUUCACGCCUAGGGCCACCAAUUGCACGCUUUGAUGGUCCACGUCCAGGUCAACUAGGUGCACGUUUUGAUGGCCCUGGUGGUCAUGCAGCACCAUGUGGUAUGCGCUUUGAUGGCCCACAGAUUGGGCAGCCCGGCGCACAUUUUGAUGGUUCAGGCGGUCAUCCAGGGCAACCUGCCAUUCGUUUUGAUGGUCCUACUGGAAGUCGUUUUGACAUAAUAGCUGCACAACCAGGGACACAUUUUGAAAGUUCUCGUGGGCCACAGUUUGACGGGGCUCCAGUGCAUCCUGAUCCUAGAAACGGUCAUUUAUUUAACAGUCAUCCACCAAGCUCUCAAUAUCAGGGAAGGGGCCUUGAUGGACAAUCUGGACCCAGAUUUAACAUGCCUCAAGGAUCUCCUUUUAAUGAGUCUGGCAUACAUGGAGCAACAACUUUGGCCAAUCCAACCUACAUGCCAACAGCUGGUCCUUGCUUCGAUGGUCAGACACCAUUACCCCGAGUGGAAAGACCACAUGAUCAGUAUGAACCAGCAUGCGGGACCUUUUAUAACAAUAACCUUUCUUCAUUACCUGAAAACCUGCCUCGCCAACAACAGCCUGUUAAUGCCAUAACUAGUUUCUCCAGCAGUCAGAUUUCAUACAGUCAAGGGCAACAGUACUUGCCAUCUCAAUCUUCUGUUCCAGUUACGCAGAUACAGCAAGGAUCAUCUUUUGCACCUUUGGAGAAUCAUUUGGGACAAGUGGAUGUGAAUGAGCUGGUUUCAAAGCUGAUUUCUAUAGGAAUUUUGAAGUCAAAUCCAGUGGAAUCCACGCUCACACAGGGUGAUUCUCAAGCUUCCGCUAUUGAAGAUGAUGAGGAGGAAGAAAAUGAGGAAAACAUUCCAGAUCUUACCAACUUCCAGGUUGAGGAGCUGAAACAACGGUAUGAUGGUGUUAUCAGUCGCCUAUACACAGGUAUUCAGUGCUAUUCUUGUGGAAUGCGGUUCACAGCAUCACAGACUGAUGUUUACGCAGACCAUUUGGACUGGCAUUAUCGUAUGAAUAGAAUGGAAAAGGAUGUAACUAAGAAAGUAACGUACAGAAAGUGGUACUACAGUUUAACGGACUGGAUAGAAUUUGAGGAAAUUGCUGACCUGGAAGAACGUGCUAAAAGUCAAUUCUUUGAGAAGGCCCAUGAAGAAGUUAUACAGAGAACGCAAGAAGCUGCAAAGGAAAAGGAAUUUCAAAGUGUUCCUGCUGGACCUGCUGGAGUACAUGAGGUCUGUGAAAUUUGUCAAGAAGCUUUUGAGCAGUAUUGGGAUGAAGAUGAAGAAGAAUGGCAUCUGAAAAAUGCAGUUCGUGUGGAUAAUACUACAUAUCAUCCAGCAUGUUAUGAAGAUUAUAAAAAUGCUUCAUUUACAGAUUCAACUCCAUCUCCAAGUGAAGCUCCUUUAGAAAACCCACUACAUUUAGUUAUUAAACAGGAACAAUUGGAUGUUAAUAGCAAGACCUCAGAUCUGGCCAGCAGCUGCAAAAACACUGAGACUGAAGGCAGCUGUGUGUUGACAGACAUGAAGAAUGAAAAAGAUACUGCAACUGUGAAAGUGGAAUCUGUUUAAGUCUUUUAUGAAGUGAUUUUUUUCACUUAACAGACUUCAGUAUUAGAGGACAAAAGAAUGGUUGGAUUUGAUGUAUCCAUUCAUAUGAGAGUCUCUUACAAUAGUGAAGUAAUACUACCUCUUGAAACAUUUAAAAUCAUUGGGGAAACAUGCAAAACAGCAAUAGUUCAUUCUAUCUUCAAGGAUCGUCAAAUUUAAACCCUCCCCAUUUGUUUUAUAUUUUAUUAUUUGAGGCAGGGAUCUCAGUUGAAGUUAACUAUUGAAUACAUUUUGGUAUUUGUAUGUUCAACUGCAUGUGCAGUUCAGGUGUGCAUUACUGUGUGAGUGCUGCAUAUGUGUGAAUGCACUUGUGGAAUGAAAAUGUUGCUUUUUUGUAAGAAUGUAAAUUCUAAUAAAAUAAAAUAUUUUUGAAAUGUUUUGUGUACAGUUGAGGCAGUGUUUAAGUUAAGUUUUAAAUAUUUAUGGUGCAAUGAAAAUGAAUACUUUGGUUCAUUUAAGAAAUUUGUUAAAAUUACAGGAUCUGAACCAUUGAGAAAAGGAAAUAAAAUUAUUGAUAUUUACCUGACAAGUUACUUUGGUUUUUUUUCAUGUGGGCUCCUGCAUUACAAAUUGCUCUUGAUAGUAAAACUUAAUCCUGCGCACCUGAAGAUGAACAAUGCAGUGUUGGAACUACCGGUAUUUGAAUUAACCUUGUAUGUACUAAACUAAAUAAACCAGCUGGACACAAUAUUUGUCUAUUUAUUUAUGUAAAUUUGAAUUAAAA